AUGUCAGCCGAGACAGCAACCAGUCCAGCGGCAACGGUCCCAGCCGCGUCCACACCGGUCAAGGCGAAGAAGGCGGCCGCAUCAAAAGCAGCAGCCAGCUCCAAGAAGCCGCGUGCCAACCCAGCACACCCGCCAACCGGCGAAAUGGUGAACGCUGCUAUUGCCGGAUUCAAGGAGCAUGGUGGCUCGUCACUGCAGGCGAUCAAGAAGUACAUUGCUGCCAACUACAAGGCCGAUGCAGAGAAGCUGGCGCCGUUCAUCAAGAAGUACCUGAAGACAGCCGUCGCAUCGGGAGCUCUCACCCAGCCGAAAGGCAAGGGUGCCGCCGGCUCGUUCAAGAUCUCAGUGAAGGAAGCAGCCAAGGGUGCUGCCCCGAAGCCGGCUAGUGCCAAACCGAAGUCAGCUCAGCCAAAGAAGAAGAAGCCCACUGCUGCCGGAGCAAAGCCCAAGAAGGCCGUUGCCUCAGCUACAAAGAGAAAGGCAACGUCUGCUGCCGCCGGUGAGAAGAAGAAGGCCGCAGCUAGCAAGCCAGCCGCCGCGAAGAAGAGCAGUGCUGCUCUAGGAGACAGACAGUAACCACUAUAGUAACAAACAUUGAUAUAAUAUAAUAAUUGAAAAAUAAAUGUAUUGCUGGCACUGAAAAGGGC